AUGACAAUGAGCUGUUCGACGACCAUUUGGAAGAUAACGACACCAAGGAAAGCCGUGCCACGGGAGAAGAAGUGGGACUGGCGACAUCGGAGUGGCGAACGGUGCCAUGGCACGGGUAACAGCAACCCCGGAGUGACGGAUGGUGCCCAUGGCACGACUAUUAUCGUCCUUGGUGAGGCAAGCAACGAUUGCAUGGGCGAGGAGGUAAGGCGUAUGCGACGCCUUCACACAGAGGAAAAGUCAGGUGGCGCCUCGCGUAGGGGAAUAGGCUGGGUGACACCUCGCACAAGAGUAGCUGAGUGCUAG